AUAGAGUUUUGUGAUUGAGGAAGAAAGAAGAAAUAAGAAUGGCGAGAGAGAAGAUUCAGAUAAGAAAGAUCACUAACACAACAGCGAGGCAGGUGACCUUCUCGAAAAGAAGAAGAGGGCUUUUUAAGAAGGCUGAGGAGCUCUCCAUUCUUUGUGAUGCUGAGGUCGCUCUUAUCGUCUUCUCCUCAACUGGAAAGCUCUUCGAAUUCGCUAACUCAAGUGUGAAAGACAUAGUGGAGAGGCAUCGUCUGCAUUCUAAGAACAUCGAAAAAUUGGAUGGACCUUCCCUUGAGCUGCAGCUAGAGAACAGCAGCACUGCCAGGUUGAGCAAGGAAGUUUCUGAGAGUACCCUUCAACUGAGGAGAAUGAGGGGAGAAGAUCUCCAAGGGUUAAGUAUAGAGGAAUUGCAGAAGCUAGAGAAAUCCAUCGAAACCGGACUGAGCCGUGUUUUAGAAAGAAAGGGUGAACGAAUCAUGGAGGAGGUCAGCACACUCCAGAGAAAGGGAUUACAAUUGGAGAAGGAGAAUGAGCAAUUGAGACAGCUGGUGAAUAUGCCUAAAGGCCAAACGCUUGUUACCCUUGAAUCUGAGAACAUAGUCUAUGAAGAAGGCCAAUCAUCAGAAUCUGCUACUAAUAUCUACAGCUCUGUUAGUCCACUGCAAGAUUAUGACAGUUCUGAUACUUCUUUAAAGCUGGGGUUAACCUUUUUCUAGCUGAAUUUGAAGGAUGAUGUUGGUGGAGAUUACAGUGCAAGAGGGGAAGGCUGCUCUAAAUUCUCUAUGUUCCCUUCAAGUCAAACUAGCUUGUAUUUCUUUUCCUUGUCUUUUGAAAAG